AUGAAGGUCGUUAGUAUCGUUUUGACUCUUUUGUUUGCCGAGGCAACCGCCUUUUCGGUGGUUGGCCCCGCUACCCAAGCCACUUCAACCGCUUUGAAAGCUGCCACCACGGACAAUGCUGCGAGUGAAGGUGCCAAUUAUUUGGACCGACGCAGCCUUUUCCAAGCCGCUGCUGCUGCCACCAUUGGAGUCUCCGUUUCGGGCUUUAACAUUCUCCCUGCCAAUGCCGCUGACUCGAGCAAGGUGGUGGUAGCUGGAGCCACUGGUCAGACUGGAAGGCGCAUCCUGGAACGUCUUGCUGGCACGUCAGGACUGUCCGUGGUUGGAGGAGUGCGCAGUGUGGACAAGGCCACAGCAGCCUUGCAAAAGGAUUCCACUGUCAUUCGUGGAGCCAUGGUUCAAAAGGUCGCAUCGGUCGACACGUCGGCUGUGGAACUCAAGCACAUGGAUGUCGUCAAGGAUUCGGUCGAUGAAUUGGCGUCGGCCAUGGACGGAGCCGAUUCCUUGGUGAUUGCCACCGGAUUCAUUCCAGGAAAUCCUUUGAAAAUGAAGGAUGCGGCUCAUGCCGUGGACAACUUGGGAACUAUUGCGUUGGUCGAUGCGGCCAAGAAAGCGGGAGUAAAGAAGGUUGUCAUGGUCUCCUCCAUCCUUACCAAUGGACGCAACUGGGGACAAGAAAGCUCUCCUGGAUUCCAAAUCACCAACGCCUUUGGAGGUGUCUUGGACGAGAAAAUUAUUGCCGAAAAUUACCUCCGAAAGUCUGGUCUGGACUACACCAUUGUUCGUCCCGGUGGACUAAAGGCCAAACCUCCUAGUGGCGGACUCAUCAUUUCCAAGGAAGAUAGCUUGAAUUCGGGAGAAAUAUCGAGAGAUUUGGUGGCAGAUGUGUGUGUAGCCGCUAUCAGUGAUCCCAAAGCCAGCAAUAAGGUUCUAGAAAUCAUUGAAGCGGAAGAAGGUGGUCCCAAGGUUUUCAACGGCCUUG